AUGAGUCCACGUAAAAAAGCUAAAGUCGACCCAAAAAAUGCUGAAUCAAAGAAGACUGUAAACGAGGAAGAACACGAGGAAGAGUCGAAUGAAUCUGAGGAGGAUUCGUCUGUGGAGGGGAGCGUGGACUCCUCAGGAGAAGAGCUGCUACUAGAUGAUAUUUCAUAUGAGGAUUCGACAUCUGAUGAGGACUGGGAGGUUAGUCCCAGAAAGAGGAAGAGACCCAAUCUGUCCUCCGUAUCGCCAUCGCCAGCAAAAUCUAACAGAUCCGCUUCACCUGGAUCUGCAAAGAAGGGCAAAGGCAAAGCCAAGGACAAGAAAAACACAGCCAAACGAUCGUUAUCAUUUUCCUUAGGCAUCUCAGAUGAUAAGUGGCAUACAGCGGAUGAACCUGAUAUUGAGCCAACUCCCCCAUGCUUCAGACCCAUGCGAAAUCCUGGACCACAGCUGCUCUCUAGUGCAUCAUACAGUCCUUUACAAUUUUUUCAAUUGUUUUUUUCAUCAUCAACAAUGUUGAAAAUUGUAGCCAACUCUAAUGCCUACGGGGCCAGUGUUCGUGCUGAACGGAACCAAUCAUGGAAGGACAUUUCGGUGAAAGAUUUCAAGUCUUUCCUGUCGAUGGUCAUUUACAUGGGUUUGAUAAAGUGCUUCAACAUCACAGAUUACUGGAAAAAGGCUGAUGUCUACAGUCUGCCGUAUCCACUACGAGUCAUGACUUCUAGGAAAUUUCUGAACAUAUCUAGCGCUCUUCAUCUUAGUGAUCCCAAAGAAGAUGCAGAGAAUGACAAAAAGAAGGGAACUCCUGAAUAUGACCGUUUGUUUAGGAUCAAACCGCUUUAUGAUAACAUCAGAGAAACCUGCAAAACAUAUCUUCAUCCAUUUCAAAACAUCUCCAUCGAUGAGAGAAUGGUAGCAUCUAAGGCUAGAAAUGGACUCAAACAGUACAUGAAGAACAAACCUACGAAAUGGGGUUACAAAUUAUUCGUACUGGCUGAUUCUCUGUCGGGUUACACGUGGGACUUCUUCAUUUAUGAGGGUAAAACGACCCACAAAGUUUCAGACCCAAAGCAAAGAAAGGGGGUUGGCUAUGAGACUGUCAUGGCACUGGUGAAUGAAAAAGUGUUGGGCAAUGGAUACAAGCUGUUUGUUGACAACUUUUACACGAGCCCCGCACUCUUCAGGGAUCUUCUCAGUAAGAAGAUUUAUGCUUGCGGGACCCUUCGAGCAAACAGGAUCGGGCGUCUAAAAGCCACAGCUCCUCGUGGCAGUAUACGCUGGUUCAGGGACGACAAACUCCUGUUCGUCGAAUGGAAGGACAGGAGAAAUGUUUUGAUGUGCUCCAGCUUUCAUAAAGCAUUCAAUGGAGAUAAAGUGACGAGGAAGGUGAAGGGAGAUGAUGGAGUUUGGAACGAGGAGCAAUUCCCAAUUCCGCCUGCAGUGUUGGACUACAAUAAGUACAUGGGUGGAGUCGAUCUGUCUGACGCGCUUAUUGGAUACUACACAGUCCUACAUAAAACGAGAAAGUGGUAUCGGUCCUUUUUUUACCACUUCGUGGACAUCGCUGUUGUAAACGCUUUCAUUUUACAUAAGCACGUAGCCAAAUCGAAGAACCAGAAACCAAUGACCCAGAAGGAGUUUCGGGAGGCUCUCGUCUCAGAGCUGGCAGAAACGGAGCCUCUACCUCUCCCUUCACAAGUACGUAAGGACGCUCCUAAAAAUUUACACCUGCCCAAGUACAUCUCUGGAGACAGCACAGUUGGAAGGCGCAGUUGCAGAGUUUGCCACUCCAAAACUCCAGUUAAAUGUGUCUCUUGUGAUGCCAGUUUGUGCUUGGUUUCCACGCGCAAUUGUUUCACUAUCUGGCAUAAAGAAGGUUAUGUUAAAGAGGAAAACAAAAAAGUAACAUUAAAAGAAGAAAUAAAAGAAGAAGAAGUAGAAAUAAAAGUAGAAGAAGUAGAAGUUACAUUAGAUGCGGAGCCAGAAGCCUGAAAAGAAAAGCUGUAAAUCUAAUGCAUGGUGCAUGGCAGCUGGUGCCACUGGUAUUAUGGUAGUGCAUGAUUUAUGUUGUAGCUGUAUGAAAAGUAGUUGUUUUUUUACACUGUUUCAGUCGUAUACACUGAAAAGUUUACUUUAUCAUUACUGUACUACUAACGCCGAUUUCUGAAUUUUAUUUUAGAAAUGUGCCUUUUCAGAAAACCUGUGGUAUUUUUAUCUUCAGGUAUGAAUGAUGGAUUUCUUUGUCUGGAUAUUUCUAGCCUUAUAUGUAUGUGAGCUUAUUUCUUUCUUUAGCCUACUUCUUAUUCUUUAAAAACUUGUUUUUUUUGGAACAUGCUGGAUGUGUUUUUUACUGUAUGUCCUCAUUAAACCAAAUAAAUUGUAAAUCCUGUGGAAUAUGUU